GGCGCGUGCGUCAGAGCUGAACGCUGAGAGAGGUUUUGACAUAGAAGAGCCAGGAAGCGGAGAGAGGACAGCGGAGGAGAGUCUCCACAAACUCCGAGCGACAGUCGACUGUGAACGUGUCCUAAACUCGCUGCAAAGUUGAUGCACUCUUGGUCACACAAACUGGCUUAACGACGUCAUCCUCCCUCACGUAGCUCCUCCCUCCUCCUGUCACUGCUCUUCCUCCUCACGCUUUCAUCCCAGUGUCUCUGCUGUCCCGCUCAGCAGAGCCCACUCCUCCCUCCCCACUGGCGGCCUCCUGUUGGUGGCCCCCUGCGACAGCGUGUUGGUGUAGGAUGGCGUGGUGGGACGCUGAGGGCUGCCGCGGGGGACUGUGAUGUCAGAGCCCAGCAGCCCGGGCGAGAGCCGGCGUGGCGCUCCCAGAUUCUUCGUGGGCUGCGAGGACGAUGAGAGCGAGGUCCUGGAAGACAGCAUGAGGACAGACAUGGAGCUGUACGAGGACGACGAGGACACCGACUCGCCCCCGGAGCGACAGAUCGUGGUGGGGAUCUGCUGCAUGAUGAAGAAGUCCAAGUCCAAGCCGAUGACCCAGAUCCUGGAGAGGCUGUGCAGGUUCGAGUACAUCACCGUGGUCAUCUUCCCCGAGGACGCCAUCCUCAACGAGUCUGUGGACAAAUGGCCUCUGUGUGACUGCCUCAUCUCCUUCCACUCCAAAGGAUUUCCUCUGGAUAAAGCCGUGAGCUACGCCAAACUGAGAAACCCUCUGCUCAUCAACGACCUGAACAUGCAGUACUACAUACAGGACAGGAGGGAGGUGUAUCGUAUCCUGCAGGAGGAGGGGAUUGAUCUACCACGCUACGCUGUGCUAAACAGAGACCCAGACAAACCUGACGAGUGUAACCUGGUGGAGGGAGAAGACCACGUGGAGGUGAAUGGAGAGAUUUUCCAGAAGCCGUUUGUGGAGAAGCCGGUGUGCGCUGAGGAUCACAACGUCUACAUCUAUUACCCGACGUCUGCAGGAGGGGGCAGCCAGAGACUUUUCAGGAAGAUUGGGAGUCGCAGCAGCGUGUACUCACCAGAGAGCAGCGUGAGGAAGACAGGCUCCUACAUCUACGAAGAGUUCAUGCCCACUGACGGCACAGACGUAAAGGUGUACACUGUAGGGCCGGACUACGCUCACGCUGAAGCUCGGAAGUCUCCUGCUCUGGACGGGAAGGUGGAGAGAGACAGCGAGGGGAAGGAGGUCCGAUACCCCGUCAUGCUGUCAGCCAUGGAGAAACUGGUGGCUCGAAAAGUCUGCCUCGCCUUCAAGCAAACAGUUUGUGGCUUCGAUCUCCUGAGAGCUAACGGACACUCGUUUGUCUGUGACGUCAACGGCUUCAGUUUUGUUAAAAACUCCAUGAAGUACUACGACGACUGUGCAAAGAUCCUCGGGAACAUUGUGAUGCGUGAGCUGGCCCCUCAGUUUCAGAUCCCGUGGUCCAUCCCCACAGAGGCUGAGGACAUCCCCAUCGUCCCAACCACCUCAGGAACCAUGAUGGAGCUCCGCUGCGUCAUCGCCGUCAUCAGACACGGUGACCGAACGCCCAAACAGAAGAUGAAGAUGGAAGUCCGAAACCCCAUGUUCUUUGAUCUGUUUGAAAAAUAUGGAGGAUACAAGACAGGCAAAUUAAAGCUGAAGAAGCCCAAACAGCUGCAGGAGGUGCUGGACAUCACGCGGCAGCUGCUGGUGGAGCUGGGUCAACACAACGACUGUGAGAUCGAGGAGAAGAAGUCCAAACUGGAGCAGCUGAAGACGGUUCUGGAAAUGUAUGGUCACUUCUCUGGAAUCAACCGUAAAGUUCAGCUGACCUACCUGCCCCAUGGACAGCCCAAAACCUCCUCAGAGGAAGAAGACACGCGUAAAGAGGGCCCGUCUCUGCUGCUGGUGCUGAAGUGGGGGGGUGAGCUGACUCCCGCAGGCAGAGUGCAGGCCGAGGAGCUGGGCCGAGCUUUCCGCUGCAUGUACCCUGGAGGACAAGGAGACUAUGCUGGGUUUCCAGGCUGUGGGUUGUUGAGGCUUCACAGCACUUACAGACACGACCUGAAGAUUUAUGCAUCUGAUGAAGGACGGGUUCAGAUGACCGCUGCAGCCUUUGCAAAGGGCCUGCUGGCUCUGGAGGGCGAGCUGACGCCCAUCCUGGUUCAGAUGGUGAAGAGCGCCAACAUGAACGGCCUUCUGGAUAACGACAGUGACUCUCUGAGCAGCUGUCAGCACCGAGUGAAGGCCCGCCUCCACGACAUUCUGCAGAAGGACCGAGACUUCAUCGAGGAGGACUACGACAGGCUGGCUCCAAACUGCAGUGCCUCUCUUGUGAACUCCAUGAGGAUCGUGCAGAACCCCGUGUCCACCUGUGAUCAGGUGUACGCCCUCAUUCAGAGCCUCACGUCACAGAUCCGCACCAGGAUGGAGGUCCCGAAGUCAGCAGAUCUGCAGCUGUACCACAGUGAGACUCUGGAGCUGAUGCUGCAGCGCUGGUCCAAACUGGAGAGAGAUUUCCGGAUGAAGAACGGACGCUACGACAUCAGUAAGAUCCCCGACAUCUAUGACUGCGUGAAGUAUGACGUCAUCCACAACUCCACGCUGGGCCUGGAGGACACGCUAGAGCUGUUCAGACUGUCCCGCGCUUUAGCUGACAUCGUCAUCCCUCAGGAGUACGGUAUAAACAAAGUGGAGAAGUUGGACAUAGCGUACGCGUACUGCCUCCCUCUGGUCAGAAAGAUGCAGCUGGACCUGCAGAGGACGCACGAGGACGAGUCCGUCAACAAGCUGCACCCUCUGUACUCCCGAGGAGUCAUGUCACCAGGUCGCCACGUCAGGACUCGUUUAUAUUUCACCAGCGAGAGUCACGUCCACUCUCUGCUCAGCAUCUUCCGCUACGGAGGCCUGCUGGACGAGGAGAAGGACCAGCAGUGGAAGCGGGCCAUGGACUACCUCAGUGCUGUCUCAGAACUCAACUACAUGACUCAGAUUGUCAUCAUGUUGUACGAGGAUAACAAUAAGGAGCCGUCCUCAGAGGAACGUUUCCACGUGGAGCUUCACUUCAGUCCUGGUGUUAAAGGUGUGGAGGAGGAGGAGAACGCCCCCACAGGUUUCGGCUUCAGGCCGGCCUCAGCGGAGAUGGCUCGACAGAACGGACAGAAACAGACCGACCCUGGCAGCCUGGAAGACCUAUCACGAGAUGAGACGGACCGUGCCGUGCCACUGUCUGAGCCAAUCACCAUCCAGAGGAGGUCCCCGCUCAUACGCAACCACAAGACAGGAUCCAUGGAGGUUCUGUCAGAGACCUCCUCCUCUAAGGUGGGCAGCUAUCGUCUCUUCUCACUCUGCUCGCGUCAGUCUCCGGAGAUGAAACAAAGUGGAUUAGGCUCUCAGUGUGCCGGCCUCUUCAGCACCACUGUCCUAGGUGGGUCCUCUAGCGCCCCUAACCUGCAGGACUACGCACGUGCACAUCGCAAAAAAUUCUCCGCCGGCAGUCUGUCCUACAAAGACGGAACUAAAGAUGACACAUCCACUGCAGCAGUGGCUCCACCUGUGUGGUGCACUGCCAAAGAGCCCCUGGAGGAGCACCAUGUGGCUCAGUUGUUGAGGCGUUUCUCCUCAGACCUCACCCUGGGUCGUCAGCUCUCUCUGGAUGGAGCUCUGGCUCAUCACCUCCAUCAGUGCUCCUACCACCUGCGCCUCCUCAGAAACUGGCUCAUCUCCGGCCAGGAGCCUGUAGAGUACCUCCACGGCUUUGAUGGCUGCUCCAUGGUGCCGUCCAUCUAUCCUCUGGAGACUCUGCACAACUCGCUGUCGCUCAAACAGGUCAACGAGUUCCUGGCCGGCGUGUGUGAGAGUGCCGGGGACCCCCACACCAGGACCAGCAGAGCUCUGUCGGCCAUGUUUGACUCACACAACCAGCCGUCUGUGGACUCGUACAUCCCUCAGAGAGUCCUCUCCUCCUCCUCCAGAUCUCGCUCCGACAGGCCGCCAUGGUACAGCAGCGGCCCCUCCUCCACCGUCUCCAGCGCCGGACCCUCCUCCCCGACCACCGCUGAUACCUCUCCCCGCUUCAGCUUCAGUGACCGGAUCUGUCUCACCCCGCAGAGCAGCGAGGAGACUCACCCACCUCACCCCUCUGCAGCAGGGUCACACAACGUGGACACCACAGGCCCCGCCCCCUCACAGCCCGCUGAGCUCCCUCUGACUCCAAACAACUCCCCCGAGGAGGAGUCUGACCCCACCUCCCCCCUCCUUGAGAAUCCAGCCUCCGCAGAGGAGGGCCCCGCAGCUCUAGAGUCCAUCUGCGACCCCACCCUCAGACCAGCGUGCUCCGCCUUAGCAGAGCUGGCUCUGAGCAGGAUGGAGGGCUUUUGCCCCCCUGGCUCGCUGCCCGUCCUCCUUGAGCUCAGAGAGAGCAGCAGCGAGGCCGGCUCCAGUUCCCAGACCCCCCAGAGCCCUGAGGGGCCUGAUCAGUUCUUUGACACCCAGGAGUCCAUGGAGCUGUGGAUGGACGGGCUGGAGAGCCCCGCCCACUCUGAGACGCCACCAGAGGGCAGUGCCAAGCACACAGCAGAGCCUUAAAGCAUCAGACGAUCAGAUCUGUUCAGACAGACACUUCAUCUGACCACACACACACACUCACAGACACACACUCACAGACACACAUGUACAUGCACACACACACACACACACACACACACACACACACACACACACAGUCACACAGUCACAGACACACAUGUACAUGCACGUACACACACACACACACACACACACACACACACACACACACACACACACACACACACACACACACACACACACACACACACACACACACACACACACAACACACACACACACACACUCACAGACACACACAUACAGGAAAACGCACAUACAAACCACACACACACAUGCACACACAGACACAACACACCGACAGACACACAUACACAACUCACACAUACCUUCAAACACAUAGACGCACACAUGCACACACACACGCAGACAUACACACACAGCAAGGAACCUCCUGUGUAUCUGAAGGAUCAUCAAACUGAGACGUCUCCGUUCUGCGUAAAGCUGCAGGAUCAAAGUUCAGCCAGCACAAUCACCCACAGACACAAUGUUACAGCUAACCUGUUACAGCUAACCUGUUUGCGCCCACAGGUACCAGUCAUAGAUGUUUACACGUAGAUGCUGCUUUUGGGCUUCUGAGUAGCCUUUACACGGCUGCCAUCUUGGAAAUGGGUAGCCGCAGCUAUGUAAAUGUAAGUCUAUGACAGCAGGAGGUCUAUACACGAUUAAAAUAUUUAAGCA